AUGAAGACACGUUUUAUUUGCUGCUCAUAUUUGCCUUUCAUCCUUUUAUCAUUCUGCAUCCAGUGUGGAUUAGCUGGGAGUGCUUGUAAAAUCAAAAAGGGGAAGGCAGAUUGUAGCCACUUGAAGUUAAAAGAAAUUCCUUCUGAUCUUCCAGCGAACAUUACCACCUUGGAUGUUUCUCAUAACCAGUUAAGAACAUUGCCACCUGCAAACCUUACAAAGUACAAUCAGCUUGUCUUCUUGGAUGCCGGAUUCAACACCAUCUCUAAAAUGCAGCCAGAACUAUGCCAAAAUUUGCCUUUGUUAAAAGGUCUGAACCUUCAGCGCAAUCAAUUGCAUACCCUUUCUGACAAUGUUUUUACUGACUGUACCAAUCUGAGAGAGCUUAAUUUGGGAUUCAACAUAAUAGCAAUUAAAAAGGAUCCUUUCAAGACACUAAAGAAUCUGAAAUCAUUGGAUAUUUCUCAUAAUGCUCUACCUUCUACAAAAUUAGGAUCCCAGCAACAGUUAGAGAGCCUUCAGGAGCUUGUAAUGUCUGAGAAUAAAAUAGUUGAGUUAAAGAAAGAAGACUUUCUUUUUCUUAGCAACUCUUCAUUAAAAAUACUGGACUUGUCAUCAAAUCCCCUAACUGAGUUUCACCCAGGCUGUUUCCAUGCUAUUGGAGAUAUAUUUGGUCUUAACUUGAACAAAGUUCGCCUGGGGCCUAGUGGAACAGAGAAACUUUGUUUAGAAUUAUCCAAAACAAGCAUCCAGAAUCUCUCACUGAGCCAAGUGCAACUUUUACAUAUUUCCAACAUGACCUUCAAUGGACUGCAAACAACCAAUCUCACGAUUUUAGACCUAUCUAAUAAUUAUUUGUCAGUGAUUGAAAAUGGUUCUUUUGUCUGGUUCAAAAAUCUACAGACUUUAAAUCUAGAGAACAAUAAGAUUGCACAUCUUUUUUCUCGUUCCUUGGAUGGAUUGAAUAAUGUGAAUUAUCUGAAUAUGAGGAACUCCACUAACAAAAAAAUUGAUGAUUUCGCUUUUCAGUCACUAAAAAAUUUAGAGUGUCUUAUUAUGGAUGAUAAUACAUUUCCAGAGAUUACUCCUAAAACAUUUACAGGUUUAGAAAAUUUGAAAAACUUGAGUUUAAGCAAGUGCGUUAUCACCUUGGGAACAAUAAAAAGAACAAUAACAAACAGAACAUUUUCAUCUCUUGCUGAUUCUCCUUUGAAGUAUCUUAAUCUAACAAGAAUUAAAAUCACGAACAUCCAACCUGGGGCUUUCUCUUGGCUGGGAGAAUUAAAAACUCUGGAUUUAGAAGUAAAUCAAAUUAGCCAGGAGCUCACAGGCCAGGAAUUUCAAGGUCUUAACAGUAUUGAGACUAUCUAUCUUUCUUACAACAAUCUCCUGACUUUGAGAAGCGAUUCGUUUGUUUUUGUUCCAGGCCUUAGAAAGCUGAGGCUUAGGAAGGUAGGUUGCAGCAACCUUGACAUCUCUCCCUCGCCAUUCCACAUAUUAAAGAAUUUGACAAUCCUGGAUCUUGGCAACAACAAUAUUGCUAACAUGAGAGAGGAUCUGUUUGAUGGACUCCACCAACUUGAAAUUUUGGAUAUGCAGCAUAAUAAUCUGGCUCGGCUCUGGAAGCAUGCCAACCCAGGUGGUCCUGUUCUCUUCUUAAAAGGCCUUCAGAACCUGCGCCUGCUUGAUUUAGAAUCCAAUGGCUUUGAUGAGCUUCCCAAAAAAGUUUUCCAUGGUUUAUCUAAUUUAAGAAGCUUGAAUUUGGGGUCCAAUAAUCUGAACUUGCUUCCUGGGUUAGUCUUUAAUGACUUGGCAUCUCUGACUUACCUGUUUCUCCAGAGGAACCUCAUUACAGCUGUUGAAGAAGAAGUAUUUGGUACAGUUUUUGCAAACCUGAAAGAACUAGACAUGGGGUCCAAUCCUUUUGACUGUACUUGUGAGAGUAUAGCCUGGUUUGUUAACUGGCUCAACAAGAACAAAACGUAUAUCCCAGGUUUAAAGCAAUAUCUAUGUAAUACCCCGCCUAAAUAUCAUAGUACUGUGGUGGCACAUUUUGAUACCUCGCCAUGUGAUAAUGCCCCUUUCAAAUUGCUCUACAUUGUGAGCACUACCGUCACAUUGCUCCUCAUUUUUGUGGUACUCCUCAUCCACUUUCUAGGGUGGCGAAUAAAAUUUCUCUGGAGUGUGUCUGUAAAUAGAGUGCUAGGAUUUAGAGAAAUAGACAGAUCACAGCAACAGUUUGAUUAUGAUGCCUACAUCAUCCACGCCAAGAGGGACAUGAAUUGGGUGUUCAAGAACUUUAUACCUCUAGAACGCAAAGAAAACAAUGAACACACCAUUCGGUUUUGUUUAGAGGAACGAGACUUUGAAGUUGGAAUAUCUGAAUUUGAAGCCAUUGUCGAUAGUAUCAGCAGGAGCAGGAAAACAAUAUUUAUCGUCACCAACCAUCUUUUAAAAGAUCCCUGGUGCAAAAGGUUCAAGGUACAUCAUGCCAUACAGCAAGCUAUUGAACAAAGUCGAGACUCCAUCAUACUGAUUUUUCGACAUGACAUUCCCGAUUAUAAACUGAACAGCGCUCUUUAUUUACGAAGAGCCAUGUUCAAAUCUCGCUGCAUCUUGGAGUGGCCAGCACAGAAAGAACGAAUCAAUGCAUUUUACCAGCAGCUAAAAUCAGCUCUUAAAUCUAACAGUCGGAUACAGUGAAAU